AUGGAAGAUGGGAAUCCAUUUGGGGGCUUAAAAAUGGUCGCGACGAGGAAGGGAGAUGGCGAAUGCGACGAGCUUGGUCGACUGAACAGCACGACGGAGAUAGUGAUCUCGUCAAACUCGGUGUCCAUGGAGAUGGAGAUCUGGGCUAGUUCGGUGGACAAUGAGAGGGAGAUGUGCUUCAUCGAUGUGAGAGAGAGGGUUUUGAGCGAGCGAGGCGCCUCCUAA